AUGGACACCCCAGAGGACAUAGAAAUGCAAGGGACUUUCAACAAUCACACCCUCGCAACAACCUCUGUUGUUUCACUGCCUCAUGCACUUGGGUUGGAGUCCAACGGCAUGACAACCGCCGAAAGGCCAACGACCUUCCAUUUCUUUUCCAAGCUCCCUUCGAGCGUCCGCAGACGCAUAUGGCGCCACACUUGGGAGCCGCGCGAAGUCGUCCCAACAGACUUCGUUCAAGAGGGCUGCUUCAUCAGGGGCGCCCCAUAUGACUAUCACGAGCACAUGCCGGCUUCCGGCUACGUCAACCAAGAGUCACGACAGGAGACAAUCCUACACUACGAGUUGAGCUUCCGCAGCCCUUUGAACCGAGCGGGUGUUUGGUUCAACUUCAGUCUCGACACACUCUUCAUGCCUCUGCACCACCGUCCAUGGGUGCACUACGAUCACGACGACCUCGAGCGACUACAGCGCCUGUCAAUGCCGGAGUGGCUGCCGGUCGGCUGGUACGACGCGACCAAGCGACCGCUGCAGUGGCCGUCGCUACCAACACGCAUCUGUCGCCAAGAGGCCUUCAAAGUCAAGACCGGGUCCUCCAAGGCACUGCUAGAGAACCCAGAGCUCUACGGUGCCCGCAAGCUGCUCACGAUACGCUGCCCGAACCUGAAAGAGCUGCACCUACGACUGAAUCCGCCGCGGCUGAGGAGCCUUCAGAUCUGGCGCCAGCAUCACAUCAUCGACUAG